AUGCACCGUAAACCGGUACUUCUCUCGCCCGCCAAGGAAUGGCGCGAUCCAAUAUUCGCCGCGCCUUCACCAUCUCGUAAGGACACUGGACCGCUCACCACCCCGCGGCACCGAGAGUCGCCGCUCUCCCCAUUCCGCUCGCCAUUGAUGGGCUCCGCCAACCCAGGAAUCCCCGCGGGGUCUCCGCUCGGGUCACGCUCCCGCCGCGCCUUGGCCUCUCCAGUGCGGGACGUGCGCCAGGCGGACCGCGGGGAGCUCGGCGCAGGCGGAGGAAACAGCAAGCGGUUGGCGCAGCUCUGCAUUCUCCGCACAGCGCAAGCGCAACUUGACUCCGCGCAUCUCCCGCGCCCCCCGUCUUCCUCGCAGCCGUCCCCCAUGUUCUCCGCCGAGUCCCCCAGCUCUCUGCUGUGUCAGGCGGGAAGCGCACUAUCAUCUUCCGCGCAGGCGCGCGCGUCGUUUGAGUCGGUUCAGGCGCCGUGCAGCGCGCCGAGCGGCCCCAUGUCCGCGCAAGAGGGCGCAGCGGACAUGUUCGACCCUUUUCUCCUCCCCGCACCCGCCUUUCCGCUACGCGACCAGCCCUCCUCCCCCCCGGCCCUGCCGGUAGCGCAACCCGCGCAAGCGCCGUCGGCGGAAGACACGGGCGCAACUUCCGCGGACCGCGGAGACAGGUGUGAAAUGUUGGAGCCUCCCCAGCAUGCUGAUGACGAUGCCACGGCAGCUGCUAUGGCGGCGGAAAUUGCGGAGAAGAAUGUGACAAUGGCGAGGGAUGAACGGAGUGGGGAGAAUUCGGGGGGGCAGGAAGGGAACGGGGUCGGGCGGAUUCGGAUGGAGGGCGAAAAUGGCGCGCAGAUGGGCGUAAUGCGAGCUGGGAAGGCGGCUCUGGCGGAGCCUUUAGGAACGCGCGCGGGCGCCGAGUGCGCGGAUCGCGAGAACGUGGGGCGCAUUGAUAGCCGAGGGAACUUGGGGGGGAAGCGGGGCGACAAUCCGGGCGCGUGCAGUCGCGACGCGCAGAACGCGUCAGUGCGAAGCACGCUCAUGGAGCUGGCAGCCAAUAAGAAGCUGCCACAUGGCCCGCGCAAGGGCGACCCGAUGUACGAGUGCAAGCGCUGCCCGUUGGCUUCCCCCGCCCGCUCCCCCCUGUCCCACUCCGCCGCGCUGACUCCCCCCGUGCACCUCCCCUCCCGCCUGCACAUCCCUGCUGCGCUUACUGGUCUGACUCGCGGGGGGAAUGGGGGGGUGGGCAUGGGGAGGCUGGGGCUGGUAGCGCCUGGUAGCUGUGCCAUGCUUUCUCUCUCCCGUUCCGCGCAGCGCGUUCUGCGGGGCAGCGGAGCCAGCGUCGGCACCGCGCUGUUUUUAACGAGAAGUACAAUACAGCGUGUAAUUCCGGCAGCGUCUUACUCGUCAGAUCUGUACGGCGAGAGGAAGGGACAGUAUCGGCCGCAAUCGCAGGGCUACAACGCGGGAAAUCAGCAACGGUCAUAUGAGAAGUCGUCGUAUGGCGGACAAGAGUACCCGCAGUCGAGUCAGUAUAAGCGGUCCGAUCAGCAAUCGCCGAAUCAGUUCUCGCAGUACGAUCAGCAGCCGUAUCAGUCUAGAACUUCGCCGGGUUCGUUUCAGCGACGGGGCGAGCAGCAGCAGCCGCCGCAACAGCCGCCGCCUCCGCCGGCGGCGCAGCAGCAGCACGGGCAGGAGGAGGCGAGCGAUGAGAUCAAGACCAUCGAAUGGCAAUCCGAGCUGUCGAAUUCCGUGCAACUGAUUGGCAACAUAGCAGCGGAGCCAGCUCUGCGGUUCUUUGACAAUGGCAACUCCGUGGCGCGAGUGAAGCUGGCGGUGGGGUGGAAGAAGGCGAACGGGGAGAAGCGCACCGACUGGUACGCAAUAGAGAUGUGGAACGAUGUGGCAAUUCUUGCUCAGAACCUCAAGAAGGGAGCGCAGGUGUAUGUGAAGGGGCGAUUGCACAUGGAGGAGUACACAGACAGAAGCGGGGAAACGAGGCUGGAUCCCAAGGUGGAUGUGAAGCAGAUAUGCCUCGUGGCUAGUAAAUUCGGUGCCAGCAGCAGCAACCAGAGCAGCAGCAGGGGGCGUGAAACCAGUCCUGGGGGUUACAAUAAAGGCAGUUACAACCAGGGGGGUUACAACCAGGGGAGUUACAACCAGGGGGGUUACAACCAGGGGUCGUACGCCCCUCAGGAAACCACUUAUCCUGAACAGAACAGUUACAGCAGCAGUCAGGGCUAUGAUAACCAAAACUAUGGUAAUCAGGCGGGGAGCGGCGGGCAGGGGGGAGCGAUGGAUGCACCAGUGGUGGCUACAGAUGCCAACGGGCUGCCUCGGCUUCCGCGAUUCGAUGGCAAACUGAAUGCGGGGCAGGUGGAGGCAUUGUGGCGGGACUUUUUCAACGACCCAGUGCAAUUCUUUGACUACCGGGAGAUGAAGCAACACGGGGAAGUGCCCCCCAAGUACCCGGAUUUCAAGAAGAUAGCAACGGGCCAGCCGCUGUGGGUGGAGAGCCGCGGCACCCCUCCCUGGGUGCACGACUCCUUGCAGAAAUACGAUGAUGCCUUUGCUGCAGCCCUGGCAGGCAUGCCGCUGGAGGGGCAGGGGAGUGAGGAGGGUGCUGCUGGUGGGGAGCAGUUUGGGGAGCAUUACAAGGAAGAGUUUGGAGGAGGGGCGAUGGAUGCUCGCGGGUUUUGA